CUCCAACACACCCAAUGACUUGUGGUUAAGAAACGCAAGAAAGAGGACUCUCUGGCUCUCUCGAGUCUCUCCUCAGUUUCCUUUCCUUCUCCUUCUCCGCCGCCUCCUCCUUCCACGUGGAGAGAAGAACUGUUCGUUUUCUUCGCCACCUCCGGUGUAGUUCGAAGGAGAGAUGGUGAUGUACGAACUCAUCAAGGGCGACGAGGCCACCGCGCCGUCCAAGCCUAACAACGAGCUCAGCAACGUCGUCGCCGCCGCGGACAACGCGCUGCUGUCCCUGCACGAGGAUGACAUCGAGGCCGGCGUCCGGAACGCCACGAAUACCCCGCAGGAGAAAGAGGAAGCGCCCGCCGCCCAGGGGUCGCGCCUCGUCUCCCUCGACGUCUUCCGGGGGUUCACCGUCGCACUCAUGAUCUUCGUAGAUUAUGCUGGAGCAUUUCUUCCUGCAACCAACCAUUCUCCUUGGAGUGGCAUAACCCUUGCCGAUGUUGUCAUGCCAUUUUUCUUGUUCAUAGUUGGAGUUGCACUUGCACUCACAUACAAGGUAAAAGCCUAA